AUGAUAAGGGGAAGCUUUGGCCUCAGGGACCGCUUAGAGAAAUUGUUGAACAAGGAUAACAGAGCCGCCAAAGUUGGAGGUGAAGAGGAGACGGUGGAUCAAGAGUCGCGCUUCGACGGCACUAAGAUUGGUUCCGCCAACGAGAAGAUGCAAAACGAUGACAAAAACAUCCCCGUCGUGGAGCUAUUGGGAUGCAUUGCCUAG